AUGGGCUGUUUCUUGUCGAAACCUCCUAGAACACAGUUCCUUAGCGAAACCCCGCUGCAGGAGGGUCCCAGUCCUGGUGACGAAAUAGGCUUCCCCCAGCCAUACCAAGACCCUAGGUCGAUUGACGAUGACAAUAACUUCCCACUCGAUGGAAAAGACAUUGCUUCUGUCUCUGACGAGGAACUUCUAUCAGCGUUCUUGACAGCGCCUCGUCUUCAUGACUAUGGCGCUGUCACAGUUUCACGUGUUUCCAAAGACCUUGUCAUCAAAGGUGGUCCAGGCGUAGCAAAGAGUGAAGCAGAAAAUAUAAAAUUUGCUUUGGAGACCCUCGGCCUCCCGAUCCCCAAGGUCCAUCGAGUUUUCACAGCUGAUGUCCCAGAAGAUCCAGACCUGCCCGAAGCACCCGUGGUAGAGGGCCAUUUGAUUGUAAUGGACUACAUCAAAGGAUCCACUGUCGAGAAAAUCUGGCAAUCCUUCGACACGACUACCAAAGAAACUGUCGCACAGCAGGUCGCGGACGUGAUUGACAAGAUGCAAUCUACGGUCCUCAAUCAUAUGCCAGUAGGGCCUAUUGGGAGAGCCCAGGAUGCCAAAUUCCAAGGUCCAUGGUUCACGGACUACGGCACAGGGCCUUUCGACACGCUUGCAGAACUUGAGGACUGGUGCAAUCACAAAAUCGAUGUCGGCAUCAUGGUCAAACAACUAACACCCGAAACGCGAAGAUUUGAAUUCAAAGAUAUCGUUCUGACCCACCAAGACCUAGCGAUGAGGAAUUUGGUACUCGGUGAGGAUAUGAAUGUCUGGGUAAUCGAUUGGGGUUGCGCUGGUGUAUACCCAAGAGGUUUUGAACAAGCCGCGCUGCAGGUUCAGGCGGAAAAUAAUGAGUAUGCUGAUAUGGUAUUGGAGAGGCUAUCGGAUCGACAAGAUAUCGUGAUCGAACAGUUUGCGAAUAUCGCGUAUGGUCUCUCAACCGGUCGCGCUCUUUGAGAUAGAAUUUAAGCCAAGAUAAGAAGAGCAAUAAUUACGCCGGCAUUUAUAUAAAACAAAAGGCGAUGAAGACAUGGAAG